ACUUCUUCCACUCAAGACACAGUUACUAACUUCAAAGAUGAUCAUCACACUCUGCCUGAUAUUUCCACUUCUCAGGGAGAUGGGUAGGUCCAACUUAUAUAUUUCUGUGCUUAUAGGGGCUACACCAUACAUUUGAAGUCAACCAGGAACUUUGUUGAUGUAAUUCAUAUCUGUCUUUGUGUGUAUUCUAGCUGGGGUACAAUCCUCAGCCAUGCACCUUGUUUCAGCCAACAUAGGAGACACAGUGACAUUGCAAUGCUUCCAUGAAGGCAACUUGGCACUUCACUUCUUGUGGUUCAAGCAAACAUUGGCUGACAAUCCUCAGCUCAUGACAACUUUCUACAGUUAUGACAAUAAUGCCACAUUCCACAAUGAAUUUGAAGGCAACCCUCACUACUUAGUGCAAAGUGACAAAGGAAUAAAACACCUAAGGAUCUCAGACAUGCAGCUCUCAGAUUCAGCAAUAAUUAUUGUGGGAGUUCUUAUUCUAACAAGGUGGAUUUGGAGAAGGAGCAAUUCUCAUUGUUAAAGGUACAACAUCUGAAUUUAGAGAGAAUAUAACUAGAAACGAGUGUUCUGUAACUAUAAUCAUGAGCAUUGUUGCACUUUACAUUUUGGAUAUACAAUGUCUUAAUUAAAUGUAAGGUAAUCCCACAAUAAUAUAUUACUGUAGCUUAAGUUUUCAACAAAUGUUGAGUUAGGACACAAAAUAGGAAACACAUUUACUGACAUGAAAACCUUUUUGUCAGGUUCAGGAUCCAGAAACACCACCGUUGUACAGCAGUCUGUCUGAGUCAGUACUGUACAAUACACACUGAGACCUGUGCAGGAGAACACUGUGUCUAUUGGUUCAGACAUGGCUCAGGAGAUUCCCGUCCAGGAAUCAUUUACACCCAUGAAGACAGGAGUGAACAAGAAGAACAGGUCUAGAAGACAGAGAACCAACAUGGUGGAGGAGAUGGUGUACUCUGGGAUCAGACAGUAGAACUGGAUGAAUGACACAGCCUUAAUUGUUAACUUUAUUAGCUGUAACUGUAAUGAAUUAGGUGCAUUGCUUCUCUUCCAAACUCAUUGACAAUGACUUACUUGUGAUAUGAUGAAUAAAGCAUUUAACUAUAAUCAAGACAAAGGAAGUUGAAUGUAUUUAUUUAGGCCAUACCCAAGCAUCUUUAUGUUGCAGUGACAAACAGCUUUUUCUCUUGUCAUGCCAGCAACACCCCCUCUCACUCACAGCAACCUAUUUACAGGUACUCUGAUUUCAUUUCUUAAUUCAGAAGAAAAUAAUACAUGGUAGUAUGCCUUUUAAUAAGUAAACAAGAGGAGGUUUCAAGUGUUUUAAAUGUUUUGUCAUUUUUCUUUUAGCGAGGACCCCUUCUCAGCAGAGCCAGUAUGGGAAUCCUCAUGCCAACACCUCAGACCAACAGGUUAGCAGAAUUGCUGUAUCAAGAGUGAGACUGGAUAACAGUAUUAAAGCUAAAUAUUACAGCAUUAGAUUUGACCCAGAUUCUGAAUUGAGUGAGUCUGUGUUUCAUCCCCAUAGUGUAACUCCACGGUGAUGAUGCUGCCCUUAACUAUACCGCCCUGAAGUUCCCUGACAAGAAGAGUACCAAUCCCAGGAGACAGAGGAGAGAGAGAGAACAGAGAGAGGAAGAAACCAUCUACUCUUGUGUGAGUCAUCAAGACAGGACUUGACAUGUAUGGGUCAUCCAAUAAGAAUCAGCCCCACCCCUCCUCUGAACUCCACUUUGAUGUUGAUUGUGCCUGUGUGAACUGGCGAUUAUAUACUCUACAUUUCUUAUUUGCUGUAGGAUGCCUUUGCAGGGGCCUAUUGGAUGAGGUUGACUGACUGCAUACAUUUGUUUUUGUAUAAACAACAUUUAUAUAAUAAUUUUGCAAAUGUCUGAACUCUUCCUUUUGAUGAUAAUAGCUGUAAGCUGCCUUUAUGCUUGUUUGAUAUUUCAAUAAACAUGUUUUUAUUUCGAAGUUUAAUGGCCCAAUUCUUACCAUUUAUUUGCACCAGGUAUCAAAGGAUCACAUCUUUAUUUUGUCAAAAAGGUGCCAACCUCACCAGAAUUAAUUUCCUCCUGAAAGCUUGAACUGCCUUCUACAGACAUGAAGUGAGAAAUACAAUGUAAAGCCUCUGUGUAUGUCAAAGAGGACAUAUGUACCACUAGUCUCAGCCACCGACCCAAAUGAUGAAAAAAUACAAACCAGUAACUCUGACUUUAAGUCAUUUGAAGGGCUGCUCUAACUAUGGUAUGCCACAGGACACGUUAGAUUGUAGUUUUUAUCAGAUGGUUUAUGCCUAUUCAGAGAGCCAAUGAAAUCACUUUGUUCAGUGUUUCCGCCUACUUCAUAAUGACUACCCGAUGAGUGUCAUCAUAUAAAAGGUGCCCCGUUGUCAGACCCACCACUAUACAGUGCAGAAAGGACAUUAAAAUGAUGAUUAUAUAUUGGACAAUCUUUUUGUUUUACACCAAUUUUGGUAAGUAAGAAAUAUUCAUGUGGAUCCUUGUACUUUUUAUGUCAGUCUUUUUGAAUCCAAUUGAAUGACCAUGUAGUCUGAAUAAUGAUAAUAAUGUAUCAUUCUGUACUAUACCUUUGUCUUUGAUUUAUUUAGUUUGUUUGCCUCACAGGUUGUGUACUUAACAAAAAUGUAAUCCAACCAGACCCUGUGAUGGUUACACACCUUGGACAAAGUGUAUCUCUCACUUGCUUUUGUCGAUCUGAUUUGAUCAAAGUCUCUUGGUUCAAGCAAACUGUUGGACGGAAACCUCUUCUCAUGGCAUCAUCAAUUUAUCCCGAUAAAAAAAAUACAUAUUCCAACAACUUUUACAAGGACUUUACGGAGAAUAAACGUUUGAGUGUGAAGAGAGGAGUUGACAGCUGUAACCUGACAAUCUCAAAAAUAGAGUCAGGGGACUCAGCUACAUACUACUGUGUUAGUAUGUUAGCGAGUGAUGUCACAUUUGGAGAAGGAACAGUUAUAUUUGUGAAAGGUAACAUCAGUUCCUUUUAAAAAUGUUAAAUACUGAAGUGUGUUCCUAUAAUGGUAAAUUAAUGAAUUUGGAGGAAAAUAGAAUGUACACACCAUGAUCUUACUCACUCUCUUCAGAUUCAGAGUCCAACAGCAUGUCUGUGAUCCAGCAGCCUGUGUCUGAGUCAGUCCAGCCAGGAGACUCUGUGACUCUGAACUGUACAAUACACACUGAGACCUGUGCAGGAGAACACAGUGUCUAUUGGUUCAGACAUGGCUCAGGAGAAUCCCAUCCAGGAAUAAUUUACACCUAUGGAGACAGGAGUGAUCAGUGUGAGAGGAGCCCUGAGGCUGGGUCUCCUACACAGAGCUGUGUCUACAACCUCCCCAAGAGGAACCUCAGCCUCUCUGAUGCUGGGACUUACUACUGUGCUGUGGCCUCAUGUGGGGAGAUACUAUUUGGGAAAGGGACCAAGCUGGACAUUGAAAGUAAGUGAUAUUUCUGACAUUUCUGAAAAUGUCUAACACUCUUUCACAUUGCUGAGAAUAAAUUGUAUGCCUGGUUGAACAAAAUGUCCUGAAUUUCCUCUAUCACUGUCUGUAUUUCUACAGAUGGUUGUAAGGAGGACCAUGUUCUCUUGGUGUACUGUCUGGGUGUAGCGUUGGCUCUUUGUGUCAUCCUCAUCAUUGUCCUUGGUUGUGUUUUGUAUAAGAUGACCAAGAAAACCUCUCUGCUGUGUAGAGGUAAGCGUUAUCAUUGUGAACAACAUACAGUGCAUUCGGGAAAAUAUUCAGACCCCUUGACUUUUUCCACAUAUUGUUUUACUUUACAGCCUGUUUUAGUCAUGAAAUUGGGUUAAUUCAUUGUAUGAUGAUGAUGAUGAUGAUUCCACCAUGUGUUUGUCUACAGGAAGGCACCCUCAGUCAAGUACUUCAUCAGUCUCCAGUUCUCAUAACCAGGUAGACAGACCUAACACUGGUCCAGCUGUUGCUGAUUCAAUGUAUUUUAUCUUCGUUCAAAAUAUUAAAAUAGGCAUUUACCUAAAGGUGUUGUUUCACUAUAAAUAUAUUUGUCUAAUAGCAAACAUUUGGAUUUUAUAUUUGUUAUUCCUCUCAGGAUCAAGAUGCUGACACACUCCAUUACGCCGCUCUGAACGUCAUCCACAAGAAAGUAAACGCCGGGAGACAGAGGAGCGCCAUGGAGAGUGACACUGUGUACUCUGGGGUGAGAUGCCAAAACAUGGACUGAAACGUCAACUUUUGCUCUUUAAUAACUUGCAUUGAUUUAGUGUUUUCUACCCUAUAUGUAUAACCAUGGCUUUUUCAUUGUGUAUUACAAUUACUUGUAUUCUGUCAAGCUCCUUCUAACAUUGAUACUGGAAAUGCAUUUUAGAUCCAAUAAAACAUUCAACUGCUUUCAUUCAGAGGCAUUGUUUGGUUUGCAUUCAUAUUGUUCUCUGUCCAUAGAUUUCACCCACAGAAUCUGCAUUUUACAACCAUGUUAGGCUUAUGCUCAAUGUAACAAAGCUAUUUUUGGUUGCAUCUAUUGACUGGUGUUUUAGUUUGUCUCAAACUGUUUUGUAGCUGUAUCCCGGAAACAUCUCUGUGGUGUUCUGAAUGCCCUAAAUAGAUUUAACUCUCAGCUAAACUCAUCUCUAACCCCCAGCAAUAAACUUCAGUCCUCACCACGCACUCUCUACACACACCUCAGUGCAUUUAAACCACAAAAAAAACAUGUCACUAAGAUUACAACUCACUCUCUUCAUGAGGAAAGCCUUGAAGUAAAAAUAAACAUCCUAGCUGAAUAUACUUUGAACAGAAUGUAUAUUGUUGAGACUGAUUUCAGAUAUGACAAUGUACACAUUGUGACUGAGCAGUUUUCACAAACUAUUGACAAAAUGUGAAUGUAUAAGUCCCCCUUGCAGGACUGCAAUUAAUUUAUAUUUCAAUAGGGAGCAGCAGUGUAUAUGAAGUCCCUGUGUCAGCUUCAAAUCAAAUCAAAUCAAUGUCGCCAGAGGGGAGGCUGCCGUUUUAGGGGCUCCUAACCAAUUCUGCUAUUUCUUUAUUUUUUUGGCAUUGUUUAUAACUUAUUUUGAGCAUAAUGUUGCUGCUACCGUCUCUUAUGACCGAAAAGUUAUUCUGGAUAUCAGAACAGCGAUUGCUCACCUCGAACUGGACGUAGAUUUUUUCUUUAAUGAGUCUGACGCGAACAAUAUAAUGUUGCUCCCAGACAAGGCCCAAAUCCCCGUCAUUUACAUGAAGAAAAUAAGGAAAUACAGGGGGCGCAGAUCAGGGUGCCUUGUGAGAAUUUGUCUGCGAGUGGAUAACCUCUACCAUCCGUUCUAUUGGCCAACGUGCAAUCACUGGAGAAUAAAGUGGAUGAACUCCGUUCGAGACUAUCCUACCAAUGGGACAUUAAAAACAGUAAUAUCUUAUGUUUCACUGAGUCGUGGCUGAUCGACGACAUGGAUAAUAUACAGUUGGCUGGGUUUUCCUUGCAUCGGCAGGACAGAACAGCUAUGUCCUGUAAAACGUGGGGUGGGGGUGUGUGUGUGUCUAUUUGUCAAUAACAGCUGGUGCGCGAUGUUUAAUAUUAAGGUAGUCUCGAGGUAUUGCUCGCCUUAGGUAGAGUACCUCAUGAUAAGCUGUAGACCACACUAUCUACCAAGAGAGUUUUCAUCUAUACUGUUCGUAGCUGUCUAUUUACCACCACAACCUGAGGCUGGCACUAACGCGCUGUAUAAGGCCAUAAGCAAACAAGACAAUGCUCAUCCAGAAGCGGCGCUCCUAGGACUUUAAUGCAGGCACAUUUUAAUCUGUUUUACCUCAUUUCUACCAGCAUGUCACAUGUGCAACCAGAGUAAAAAAAAACUCUUGACCACCUUUACUCCACAAACAGAGACACGUACAAAGCUCUCCCUCGCCCUCCUUGGGCAAAUCUGACCGUAUUUCUAUCCUCCUGAUUCCUGCUUACAAGCAAAAAUAUCAGUGAUGCGAGCCUACCAGAUGGACAAAAUGCCUUAUAUGCUCACUUCGAGGCAAGCAACACUGAAGCAUGCAUGAGAGCACCAGCUGUUCACAUCUACACCAUCAUCCUGGAAACCCUAGACCCACUCCAAUUCGCAUACCGCCCCAACACAUCCACAGAUCAAUUACACUCCACAGUGUUCUUUCACACCUGGACAAAAGGAACACCUAUGUGAGAAUGCUGUUCAUUGACUACAGCUCAGUUUCAACACUAUAGUGCCCACAAAGCUCAUCACUAAGCUAAGGACCCUGGGACUAAACACCUCCCUCUGCAACUGGAUGCUGGACUUCCUGACGGGCUGCCCCAGAUGAUAAGGGUAGGCAACAACACAUCUGCCAUGCUGAUCCUCAACACGGGGGCCCCUCAGGGGUGUGUGCUUAGUCCUCUCCUGUUCUCCAUGUUCACCCACGACUGCGUGGCCAAGCACAACUCCAACACCAUCAUUAAGUUUGCUGACGACAUAACGGUGGUAGGCCUGAUCACCGACAAUGAUGAGGAGGAGGUCAGAGACCUGGCAGUGUGGUGCCAGGACAGCAACCUCUCCCUCAACUUGAGCAAGACAAAGGAGAUGAUUGUGGACUACAGGAAAAGGAGGGCCGAACAUGCUCCCAUUCAAAUCGACAGGGCAGUAGUGAAGCGGGUCAAGAGUUUCAAGUUUCUUGGUGUCCAUAUCACCAACAAACUAUUAUGGUCCAAACAUACCAAGAAAGUUGUGAAGAGGGCAUGACAACGCCUUUUCCCCCUCAGGAGACUGAUAAGAUUAGGCAUGGGUCCCCAGAUCCUCAUAAAGUUCUACAGCUGCACCAUCGAGAGCAUCCUGACCGGUUCCAUCACCGCCUGGUAUGGCAACUGCUCAGCAUCCGACCGUAAGGCGCUACAGCGGGUAGUGCGUGCCGCCCAGUAAAUUACUGGGGCCAAGCUUCCUGCCAUCCAGGACCUAUAUACUAGGCGGUGUCAGAGGAAGGCCCAAAAAAUUGUUAAAGACUCCAGUCCCCCAAGUCAUAGACUGUUCUCUCUGCUACCGCACGGCAAGCGGUGCCGGAGGGCCAAGUCUAGGUCCAAAAGGCUCCUUAACAGCUUCUACCCCCAAGCCGUAAGACUGCUGCAAAAUUAAUAAAAUGGAGCACCCUGCAGAAAGACUACUGCAGGGUGCUCUGUGAGAAGGAGACCAAUAGAGGAGGAUCCUCCUUCUGCUAGAUUGUUUCCUUUAAGAACCACACUAACCACAGAGUAAAACAGACUAGAUAAAGUGUCACAUUAGCUAGUGCUUUCAAGACAACUGGGAACUUUGAAAAAAUCAAGGUCGAAUCAUGACGUCAGUGAUAUUCAGGUCUGAGCUCUAGAAAGAGGCCCGAGUUCCUAACUUGGAAUUCUGAGUUGGAUGGCUGUUCAAAAACAUAUUUUCCCAGUAUGAGCUAGUUAUUUUCAGAGAUCUCCCAGUUCCGAAUUUCCAGUUGUUUUGCGGCAGAAGUCAUGCUGGAUUGACAGCAUGGCCAAUGUUGAAUGUUUAUCCUUUUAAGUUUGGAAAAGAGACCCUUAAACCCAGACUUGGAUCACACAUCCACGCCACUGAAUAGCAGGCUAGUCAUUGCUUUGCAAUGCUUGCAGAUAGCCACUGAUUCCUUCCAAAUCACUCACUGUUGAAUUUGCGAUUUCCAACUUGUUGUGUUAUGUUUAUGUCCAAUGGCCGAUGAGCACUGAUAUGUUUGAUCUAUGAUUUCUCUUCAAUUUCUCUUCAUAUGACAUGGAUUGAAAAGGAUUUGCCAGUAGAUUGUCGUCUUGAUUCAUGAUGAUGACUGCUAGCUUGCUGGCUAAGAUUCUGAAAGUACGAUGUUGACAUCCAAUCAAAGCUACUGAAGAUAUAAUGUGAUUUGACGUCAUUUUAUCUGUGGCCAAUGACCUUGAGCCUUCUUGGAUGGGCACUUCUAAUGUAACUCUAUGGCAGCACCCAAGGGGUUUGAAUUUUCGAGCUCUCCCUGUAGUGUCCCCAUGAGUCCCCAUGAGUAACAGAACACUGAGCCAAUCACGGCACAACUAGAGAACAUUACCAACCACUGCGCUCCGUAUUUUUCCACUGGCUGCCCCACCACCACAGAAAGCACUGAGCUAGGCUGAAACACUUGCAUUUUGAAGGUGCCUUACUCAAGAAAGCAAAAAAGAGACCAUGUUUGUAUGUGGUGUUACUAACUCAAUUAUACCUUUGUCUUCAAUUUAGUUAGUUUGUUUGCUUCACAGGUUGUGCACUUAACAAUGAUGUAAUCCAACCAGACCCUGUGAUGGUUACACACCUGGGACAAAGUGUAUCUCUCACUUGCUUUUGUCGAUCUGAUUUGAUCAGAGUCUCUUGGUUUAAGCAAACUGUUGGACAGAAACCUCUUCUCAUGCCAUCAUAUUAUGGAACUGAAAAUAGUUUUUAUUACAACAACUUUACUGAGACUAAACAUCUGAGUGUGAAGAGAGGAGUUGACAGCUCUAACCUGACCAUCUCCAAGACAGUCAGGGGACUCAGCUACAUACUACUGUGG